AUGAUCCCAUGUUUUGCUUGGUCGACGAAACUCCUUCUCAUUCUUCUUUCACCUUUUUGUAAUCUCCUAACAUUAGUAGCUCGCCAAGCAAUUUCUGAUGACGUUGCAGAUGGAAAGAUUGAAGAAAGUGAGCUUAUAACAGUUUUGAGAAUGUGGAGACAACAGAAGCGGAGAAAGAUACAUGCUGAAAAUAAGGAAAAACUCGUGCAAAUGGAUGGAACAUUAGAGGAAAUUAAGAAAAUUGUCAAUGAUCUGGUACGAAAGCGAAAGCUGAGGAGCCAUGAUGCCGCUGAUAUCGUAAAGAAGUGGAAGGCUCGAGAGAAGCGCCGCGUUGAACGACAAGUAUCGAAACAAACGUAG